GCAACAUUAUACACAUUCGAAGAUGGCGGGUCAUCAAGAUUUUCAGGCACUCCUUUUGAGUCUUAUGAGUUCAGACAAUGAUGCCAGAACUCAGGCUGAGCAAACAUAUGAUAAUGUUGCGGUGGCUGAUAAAUUGGUCUGCCUCAUGCAAGCCAUCAGAAAUGUGGAUAUUGGACCUGAACAAAGAUCACUGGCUGCUGUUCUCUUACGACGACUUUUCACCAGCAAUUUUGAGACCCUCUGGCAACAGAUAACACCUGAUAUACAGAAUGCACUUAAACAAGAAUUGAUGGCUGCUGUGCAUCAAGAAAGUGUUCCAGCUAUUCGUAAAAAGAUUUCUGAUGCUUUUUCUGAACUUGCAAGAAAUUUAAUAGAUGAUGAUAACAACAUGCAUUGGCCUGAGGCUUUGAAGUUUUUGUUUGAAUGUGCAACAUCAGAUAAUCCAGUGCUGAAGGAGAGUGCCCUCCAUAUUUUAACGGCAGUGCCAGGCAUAUUUGGGAAUCAACAAGCACAGUACCUAGAAGUUAUCAAGGAAAUGCUGGGUGCUGCUUUAAUGGACAGAACACACCCUCAAGUGUGUUUUGAAGCUGUAAAAGCUACCACUGCAUUUAUUGUGCACAAUGACAAAGAACUUGGUCUUCUCAAUCAUUUCAAAGACCUCUUGCCCAUGCUUAUUCAGGGUAUUGCGGACAGUGUAACAGCCCAAGAAGACGACAGCUUACUCAAAUGCCUAAUUGAACUGUCUGAGACUGUUCCAAAGUUCCUGCGUAGUCAGCUGGAAACUGUAUUUGAGCUCUGCUUACGAAUUGUCUCUGAUGCAAAUCUAGAUGAUACUUGGAGACAACUUGCACUAGAGGUGAUAGUCACUAUGUCUGAAACUGCACCUGCUAUGGUUAGGAAAUAUGCUAAAUUCAUUCCACUUCUGGUACAACAGGUUUUAGCGUUAAUGGUUGAUUUAGAAGAUGAUCCUGAAUGGUCAUUACAGGACAUAGAAGAAGAUGACGAUACAGAUUCGAACCCCAUAGCAGGUGAAGCAGCUCUAGACAGGUUGGCUUGUGCUUUAGGAGGCAAGACCAUGCUGCCUCACAUUAUAUCCAACAUCUCUCACAUGUUACAACAUGCUGACUGGAAAUAUCGUUAUGCUGGACUAAUGGCAGUGUCUGCUUGUGGGGAAGGCUGUCACUCCCAUAUGGAACAAAUGUUGGGCAACAUUGUUGAUGCUGUCUUACCUUUUGCUGUAGACCCACACCCACGUGUUCGCUAUGCUGCAUGCAAUGCUCUCGGUCAGUUAUGCACAGACUUUGGCCCUAACUGUCAAAAGAAAUUUCACAACAAGAUUGUUCCAGCCCUGUUGGGGAUACUUGAUGACAAAGACAACCCCAGGGUCCAGGCCCAUGGUGCCGCUGCUCUAGUCAACUUCAGUGAAGAAUGUCCCAAACACACACUUGUCCAGUACCUAGACACUAUCAUUCUCAAAUUGGAGCAGGUGCUGACCAGUAAAUUAAAUGAGCACAUCCAAAAAGGCAGUAAGUUGGUGCUGGAACAGGUGAUUACUACAUUAGCAUCAGUGGCUGACACCGCACAAGAUAGAUUCCUACAGUACUACGACAGGUUCAUGCCCUGUUUGAAGUUCAUAAUGGAGCAGGUGCAGCGCCCAGACCACCGUCUCCUGAGAGGAAAGACUAUUGAGUGUAUUAGUUUAAUAGGUCUGGCUGUCGGCAAGGAAAAGUUCAUGCAGGAUUGUAAUGAUGUCAUGCAACUGUUACUGAAAGCACAAACAAAUGAAGAGGAAAUGGCAGAUGAUGAUCCACAGAUAACAUACAUGAUUUCGGCCUGGGCGAGGAUGUGUAAGAUCUUAGGUAAAGAGUUUGAACAGUACCUUCCCUUGGUAAUGGGCCCAGUCUUGAAGGCUGCAUCUCUAAAACCAGAGGUGGCUGUGAUAGAUAGUGAGGACAUGAAAGAAAUGGAGAACAGCUCAGAAUGGCAGUUUGUUAACCUUGGAGACCAGCAAAAUUUUGGCAUCUGUACGGCGGGUCUAGAGGAGAAGGCAACGGCUUGCCAGAUGUUGGUUUGUUAUGCCCGUGAGCUGAAAGAGGGAUUUGCUGCUUAUUCAGAGGAGGUGGUGAAACUGAUGGUUCCACUCCUUAAAUUUUAUUUUAAUGACAAUGUAAGAAUAGCAGCAACAGAGAGCCUGCCGUAUUUAUUAGACUGUGCCAAGAUCCGCGGAGAGGAAUAUGUUGCAAACAUGUGGGGCACAUACAUUUGUCCUAACCUGCUCAAGGCUAUAGAGAUAGAGCCAGAACAAGCAGUGCUGCCAGAAUAUUUGGCAUCACUUGCUAAGUGCAUUGACACCCUGGGCAAGGGCUGUUUUAACGAACAAGAUAUGGCAACUCUUGUGACAAUAUUAGACAAAUUGUUGAAAGAACAUUUUCUUAGACAUGUUCAGAGGCAAGAAAAAAGGAAAGACGAAGACUAUGAUGAUAUUGUUGAGGAAAGUUUAAUGGAUGAGGAUGAUGAAGAUGCAUACAUCUUGAGUAAAAUAGCUGAUAUUCUCCACUCAUUUUUUGGAACCCACAAAGAGUCUUUUCUACCUGUGUUUGAACAGAUCCUCUCAUACUUUGUCAAACUUUUGUCAGCAGACCGGCCGUGGCCAGACAGACAGUGGGCAAUCUGUGUUUGGGAUGAUGUCAUAGAACACACAGGACCAAUUUCUUACAAAUACAGGGAAUAUUUCUUGGAAUAUAUGAUUGAAGCAAUAACAGAUAAAACUCCAGAGGUUCGUCAAGCAGCAGCUUAUGGUGUUGGAGUGAUUGGCCAGUUUGGAGGAGAAACAUAUGCAGAUGUUUGUGCAGAAUGCAUUCCCCGUUUGGUGAGUGUCAUAGAGCAUGAAGAUUCCAAGCAAGUGGAAAAUAUUCCAGCCACAGACAACGCCAUCUCAGCUGUUGUGAAGAUAUGCCAGUAUAAUGGGUCAAAGGUCAAUGUAGAUGAACUGCUGUACAGGCUGGUCUCAUGGCUACCCAUUCUCAUGGAUGAGGAAGAAGCUGUUCAUGUUUAUACCUAUUUCUGUGAUCUACUGGACAAAAACCAUCCAGGGAUUAUGGGUGAAAAUGCUGCCAAUCUCCCGAAAGUGCUCAGCAUAGUAGGAGAGACAUUACAUCGGGAGCUUAUACAGGAAGAUACUCCGCUUUACUUGAGGCUUGUCAAUAUUGUUAAACAAGUGCAGUCAAAUCCAGAUAUUUUCCAAGAGUGUGUGUCACAGUUGUCAGAGAACCAGAAACAGGCAUUGGGAGAAGCAUUGCGUGGGUAAUCAGAUGAUCUGAAUGCAGACUGGGAAAUCUCAAGAAACUACAGAGUUUUGUUUUUAAGCCCUAUUUUAGUGUACAAAUUUUAACUUGUCCUUUUAAAUAUAUCUUCAGUGAAUUGUAAAUAAAAUCCAGUUGCUCUGCACUGAAGUUAGUGGAUGUUUUACUUAGGAUGUUAGAACAUUUUAACAAUAACAAAAACAGCCAGAGUAAACUAAAGAUCAAUAAUUAAAGUUGUAUCCUCUAAAAGAUUUUGAUUGUUUAGGGCAGACCAUAGACUUCCAGGUCCUAGGCUAAUGUCUCUAACAGUCUGCAGUGAUAAUUGGGGAAGUGUGGGCUGACUAAUUGGAAACACUGCUAGUACUAUGCAUAACUAAAUACAAAGGGUUGGUAAGGGGGAGAAUUCAGGCAUAUUUUAAUAUUUGUUUUAUUUAAGUGCUGGUAAAUCUUAUAAGAGCUUAAACUUUUUUUAUAUUAUUUAACAGCCUAUUUUAUUUUUCCUUCACUUCACUAACCACCCUCCCCCACCAUAAAGCUAAAAUUUUCCCCUGCCUCCCCCUCCCACGCAUUACGAACUCCCGCCAUGCCAUGUUCUAUAGAAGGACUGCAUAUUCUUUUAUAGCUCACUAUGUAAGGUCCAACAUUUUUUAGUUUUUUUUUUAGAAUAAAAUGUAAUUUAUAAAGAAUUAUUGUCAAAGCUGGUUGCAUAAUGUUGGUGUCACUUUUCACUGUAAAGAAUUGCCGGUGUCAUGUUAGUGAAGUGCAAUAUAGUAGAUGGUGAUACAAGAGGGGUGGUCAACUAACCACUGGACCUUAUGAAAUGGGUUUAUCUCUGGUAGGACCCCAUGUCUGGCAUGAUUCUGUAGCAAGUCAAUGAGAAACACUGGUUGAAACAGCUGAUAUUAAUAUAUAUAUGCUGUUUUCAGUUACCUAACCCAUGACUAUAAUAGUCUAUAAAGUUUAAAUUUGACAGUUGUAAAUUGACCCAGGUGUGUUGAUUGAAAAACACCUGAUGUAUGACAAACCAUUUGUUUUAGUAAGUGGCGAGCUUAAAGUUUUUUGAAAUGUGAUAACAUUGUUGACAUGAUAUACACAGGUUAAGGUAGAAACAAAUUGUGGUGUGGGCAUUGUACAUGUAGCCUGUACAUUGUGUGUACAUAGGGAGUUGGUACAGAAGCUGCCUUGUUUUUAAAUUGAGAUGUAAGAAUUUUUGUGUACAAAACUUUCUUUGACAUGACUAACAUUGAUUAAAGUGCAUUUAAAAAUAAC